ACCCUGUCACAGUUGAUUACACUUUUGUGAACUGCAAGGCCGUUUGUUGACGCGAAGAAGCAGUUGUUGAAAGUGGACGAGACGCCGCGGUUGGUGUGAUAAUUUUUUAUUUUAGUUUUUAAGUUUAAAAAUAAUUAAUGCCGGUGUCGAAAUUUUAUAGUAGGACACAAUUUAGAAAAGGCAUCUACAAGUGAUAUAUUAAGUAAAGCAGCAACAAACAUUAAACGGUUUAUACUUGCAAGGCGCCUGCAAAUUUGAAUAGAAUAGCGUCAAAUUUCGGCUGCAACAACCCUCAACGUCCAUCAUAUACCUUCACAGACAGCUACCUCACCCAAAAGAAUGGGACGCAGCCCAUCGCCGUCACAUCGGCGACGUGAAAAAGAGCGUUCCGAACGCAAAAAGCGGCGAGAACGCCGUUCUAGAGAACGAGAACGCCAGCGGGAACGUGAAACGGGUGCUGGUAGCAGUAGCCGUGCAUUGCGUAGACGUUCACUGGAUAGAGGAGGCGGUGGUGAUCGUGACCGAAGUCGCAGCCAUGAGCGGGAUAGAUCGAGCCGUCGGCGUUCGAGGUCUCGCUCGCGUGGUCAUCCAUCCACUUCGGCGUCAACGUCAUCGGGGCGACGUGGUGCUGCCACUGAACGUCCAAAAAUCACAGAAGCCGAUUUGGAGGGUAAAUCCCCUGAAGAGGUUGAAAUGUUGAAAACAAUGGGUUUCUGCACGUUCGACACAACCAAAAACAAGAAGGUCGAAGGUAACGACGUCGGAGAAGUGCAUGUAAUCUUAAAGCGCAAGUAUCGUCAAUAUAUGAAUCGCAAAGGUGGCUUUAAUCGGCCGCUGGACUUUGUGGCAUAGCGCGGCAGGGGAACGCGAAAAACGCGUUUCACAAACCGAGCGCUGCACAUACGGCGAUAUGUCGACGUACAUUUUUGUACUAAUUUUUUUUUUACUAUUACUAUUCUUUAGAAGUGCAACUGCUGUAGUAUCCAACGCUCAAGACUACUGCAGCAGCAUGCACUGACAAUCCUGCAAUUUUAUGCAAUAGACCGGUUUACAAAAUUCAAUUUUCAAAAUUUCCACCACAUAUACCUCAUUAAUAUUUUAAAUAUUAAACCUUUUUUAAUUGCCUGUUUAAGUUUUCCCAUAGUAUCUAAGACCUAUUAUAAAUGUUAUGAAUGUGAGGUGUUGAAGUGCUGCUCGAAGUUUGAUGGGAUGAAAAAAGUCGACAUUUUGAAUUUCGACACUGCUUUGUCAAAUAAUCGUAUUUAUGAAAGCAUUAAAACAACACGAGCGCAUAUUUUAUAAUGAUGACUACUUUGAUGCUAAAAUUGCAUUACUUGACUGGCUGAGAGUAAAAUGAUUUUUAGGCCAUUUAAAAAGCUGAAGCUACAGUUGAAUUUUUUGUAUUUUUAAAUGGCAGACAAUUUUAGAUUAACGCGAGCAGCACAAUUUCACUCUUCUCAUUUAAAACUCUUGAAUUGCAAACUACAAGUUUACAAUAGUUUUUGAAUAUUUAAAGUAAUUAAACGAAACAUUUUUAUUUUUCUGUUACAACAACAAAUGAAAACUGAAAUGUGUCAAACUAAAAUGAAUUAAGGCGAAAGUGCGGCGCGUGUAGUUUAUGCAGCUUUUUCCACAUUGAUAUUUUUUUAGAAAUGCUUUUAACUUCUGGCAUUGAAAAUAUUAGUUAUUUUGUGGUUGAAUUCG